UUUCUUUUACUUUCCACCAAAAUAAGAAUAAGCUCAUACAGUGUGAUGUUGCAGAGUCUCACUGUGCUUUUGGUUUUGUUUUUGCUGAGAUGCUUAGAAAAUGUUGCGGAAGUAGAGGAACCCUGCAGCCUUCCCAUGCUAUCUGUUGACAUGGAAAACAAGGAAAAUGGCUCUGUCGGUGUAAAAAAUUCCGUGGAGAAUGGAAGGCCACCCGAUCCUGCAGACUGGGCUGUGAUGGAUGUCGUCAACUAUUUCCGAACAGUGGGAUUUGAGGAGCAAGCUAGAGCUUUUCAAGAACAGGAAAUUGAUGGAAAAUCCCUGCUAUUGAUGACAAGGAAUGAUGUGUUGACAGGACUUCAGUUAAAAUUGGGGCCUGCCUUGAAAAUCUAUGAGUAUCAUGUAAAACCUCUGCAGACAAAGCAUUUAAAGAACAGCUCUUCACAGCGGUGUCAAAUUGAGGUCGUAGGCCUCAAAAAUAAAAUAAACAUGUAAUUUAGUUUCAUGUGAUGGAACUUUGUAAGCAGAAUACAUACAGGUGUAUAUGUAAGAAUUUCAAUGCAAAUGAUGUUAUCCUAUUGGAUAGACUAGGCAAUCCACCUGCUGCCUGGCACUCAGCUCAGGAGCGAGGACACAAUGUGGAUCGAAUGGCGUAUUCCUGUGGAGUCUGUCAAAGAGAAUGAACUUUGACAUGAUUAGGCAUCUCCCCAACAAAGCCUUUGAAAUCAGAAUGGUUACUACCUUCCUGGGUUGCUUAUACAAAAUCCUUCUUAAAAAAUUAAUAAAAUGGAUAUUUUUUUGGUUGUAGACUUAAGAUAAAAACCCAGAAAACUUGGGGAGGGGGGAAAAGAGAAAGGAACUGUGUGUCCUCCCCAAAUUCCUCUGCUCCUUUGAGCCCGUGUUCCUUAAAUGGAAUUGCCCACACCCUCUUUUUAUCGAGGGUCCUCCACUUGACCUUAUUUAGGGUUCAUUGGGAUAUGCUGUGAUGUUUGAAGCGAACACCCUUCAGAAGCAGAACCAUGGCUCUGAAAAGAGAACCCUCUUUGGGGGUACUGGGGACACCCAUCCACAUUCAUCAGCUAGCUGUCACGGGGCGGGUCAUGGUAUUUUCUGCAUAGAUUUGCUUUUCAAUUGGUCCUUUGCUUCUGAAGAAAGCAUUUUUCACCCUAUGAUCUGUGUUUAUAAUAAUUUGCUUCUGAAGAAAGUUGCCAACUGUUACACUUCAAAAAGCCUUGUUCCUAAUACAGAAUAUUUUUAUAUAUAUACAUAUCUUCAUGAUGGUGUAAUAUUUUUUUAAAUUGUUCAGAUACUUUGCUUGAGUGUUUGUUUAUAUAAGAACUUGAAAAAGUGGACCAUCUACAUCUCUGUUUAAAGAGACAUUUCUUCGAUCUGUGUGUCAAUGCCUUGUUGAAUUGGUGCUUUGUGGUUGCAAUAAAGCAUUGCUUCAAUUUA